AUGUCCCAGGUUCCCUCUCUCGCCGCAGUCGCCGACCCAUCCCCUCGCUAUGUCGACGGCCCCGCCGUGGACUACUUCGUGAUCGAAAUGGUCAACACUCUACGCGCCUCCUCCGCCGUCGCCACCGCCCGCGCGAAGAAGGUAGAGCAGGAGAUGAUCGACGCUGGUCUCAUGCCCACCCCCGCACCCGCACUUCCAGCACUCAAGAAAGACAAGAUACGCGAAUCUAUGGGCAGCAACGCAUCGCGCUCUUCAAUAUCCAAAGACGGCCAGGAGGGCGAAGAGGAGGAGCUACGCGCCCGUCUUGAAGCCAUCGGCAUGCACGUCGGCGCGAACAUGGCUGAGCGGCUAUGCCAUGAUCGCGGUCUCUUUACAGACACGCUCGAUGCUAUCAAGUUUAUAUGCAAAGACCUCUGGAGCGCAUGCUGGGAGAAGCAGGUCGACAACUUGCGCACCAAUCACCGAGGCGUAUAUGUCCUCCAAGACAAUGCGUUCAAGCCCCUCACUCGCGUCUCUGGCUGGGAAGGCCGUGCAGAGACGCUUAGGAAGUCCAAGAUAUACGUCGCUAUGCCGGCGGGCAUUAUCCGCGGAGCGCUUGUGAGACUUGGUUUUCAAGCAGUCGUCGUGCCAGAAGUUACCAACUUGCCACAAUGUACUUUCCAAGUCAAGCUGCCCAAGGGCUCAUGA